UUUCAUGGGAUUUCGGUGUGUUAUGUAGUUUUGAGGUGCCUGUGAGGCUAGCGGGGUCGGCCUGCGCCCAGUAGUAGCCGAGUCGCGGGAACGCGUCGACGUCUGACGGAAAACAGACGUCAUAGAAAAAAGAAAAUUAAAAAAAAAUACGUUUCCAACCAAGAACAUAAUGAUAUAGUGUUAAAUAGUACCAGUGUUUUUCAUAAUAUUGUUUUCUUCAACGUGUUUCGUUCUAAAUGGUAAAAGUGAGAUUUAAGCUUUAGUGAGGCUGGUCAAACGUAUAUCUAGUCAUUAUUUUUAAUCUGCACAAUACGAUUUAACUAUAACAAAGAUUCCUUAUACAUGUUAAUAUAAACCAACAAAUAUGUUAAUAACCAUCAAUCCAAAACCAACGUUUAAAGACUGAUGCGAUGUAUAAUGAUAUGACACAAGCAAGCUGAGACAGCGCUAUGGUUGGCCGUAGCGCUCCCACACCAUGACCGACGAAGAAAUUGUACCCCCAACGUUCGCCGAAAAACUUCUAUUUUACACUACAGCGACAUUCGUUCUACUCGGAACAUUCAGCCUGUUUGCGUUCCUCUUCCUCGUACCAUUUGUGAUAGAACCCGCCUUUACUACAAUAUUCAUGCAAUUCGAUCCAGUACCAGCACUAUGCGUUACAACCGGGGUGCAGCAUCUCGUCGGCGCCAGCAACUGCUCUUGGGCAUCCUGCAGGGAGGGCUGUACCAAGGAUCUGUUUGAGUGCACGCAGAUACGCGUCAACUACAAGUUGGGCAUCUACCCCAAUGCAACUCCAACUGACAUGGAUAAUUUAAUCAGGAUCGAAAGGGCAUUACGGAAAGACUACGAGUACGAGAAUUACGAGGUGACAGCUGACAAAUCGUAUCCAGAUAUGGGGGAGGAAGAUUUGCCCGAAGCCAUACCGACUGGCCUGCAGGGGAACGACUCUGAAUGGUACUUUACUGGUGCUCGGCUGUUCCCUAAUGUGAAGGGCUGUGGGUACCCGCCUAUCCUCAACUGCACAGUCUUCUACGCAAAGCACAAGCCUAUUGGCAACAAUUACACGUGCUUCUACAGCCGCGUGGAUCCUGGUUUGGUGAUCACCGAGCUAGACAUGUGGCAGAAUACCUUAAACCUGGUGUAUGCUAUGGCAAUACCUAUACCGUCGUUCAUAAUUUCAGUGAUAUAUUUGACGUUUGCUUACUUUAAGAUAUAUAAUACUGAGGAAGAGUCUGAGCAGGCGCCGUUGAAGAGUGACGCUGAGGCGAUGGCUACUGGUGAUGAUGAGAAACCCACAACUCCUGGCUCUGACACGUUCAGGGAGGAUCUGGCGUGUUUCGGCCAUCAGCUGAAGAUGCAACUUGCUAAUGAGAAGCCUAAAGAGGGCUUCGAAUCCAAUAGUCCGCCAAUCUCCAAUUCUGCUUCUUUGUCUGGGACCAAGUCGUCGUUCGUGAACGCCUAACGAGACUAACAACAAUAUAACACAGAGAUGACAGGAUUCCUGAAGAUGCGGCAUUGGGUACAGAGUGCAUCACGAGAUGAGGUGAACAAUAUGAACAAACUCUUUAUGAUCAAUAUUGUGCUCGACAUGUGAUUUAAGACACGCUUGAGUAUUGCUGUUGCUCUCAUUCUAUUCUGUAAGAGUGCAAGAGUGAGAGAGUAGGAUAGACACAGUAUGAAAGUACGACUUUGAAAAGGUCAAAACGGGCGAAAGAUUUUUUUUAUAACGCGUUGUGAAAUAAAAAAUGAUACUGAAUAUUUGAGCGGCAAUGUCUUCUGUUUUAUGUUAUUUACUUUGAAAGUAAAUCUGGAAAAACGAGGGAUAGAAAGUAAAUUAAUAGGCAAAAAGAACAAAAAAAUAUUCCUAUUUAACAAAUGACAAUAAUUGUUUUAUUUAA